GUAUCUCCUGGUUAACACAGCCUACGCCCCGAACUGCAAAACUGCAAGUAUAGCGUAACGCCGUUCGGCCAAACGACGGUCUCCACGGGGCGAAUACGUUCUUAGCUUAGCAAUUAUUUGUUAUGAACAUGAAGAUUUCAUUGUCUUCGCUUACAUAGUAGGGGUUUGGCCCUGUUUGUGUGGCAUGGUUGACGGACGAAAGGAGCGCUAACGUGUCGUCUGCCUAAAAACUUGUGCACAUAUUGAAGCCGCUUAUAGAACAUGGUUUCUGGUCGUCGCUCCGGUUGGGGUUACGUAUGGGCGCUCAUUGUCGUUGUGCACAUGGCUACCAGUCGGGUCGCAGCCUCAGAAUCCCGUACUCGCAUCGAGACGCCAUGGCCGACUCAAGAGCUGCUCGACAAGGACAGGACCGAGCCCUGGGUCAGCUACGAGAGCUCUUCGUAUAUUGGUGUGCACUUCCUCACAGCUCCUCCCAGCAUCGCCGGCGUGCUCAAAGAGUCAGCCUACACCAUCCAGGGCAAACAAGAUCCCGCCUACACCAAGCCGCAGCCCCCCACCUCCGUCUCCUACCGCUCCCGCGUCCUCUUCGCGCAGCUCCUCCCCUCCGCCAACUACCUGGCCCCCAUGCGGCACGGCUACCACGCCUUCCUGCAGCUGCCCUCGCCGCUGCGGGACGGAGUGAACUACACCGUCAGCGUCAGUGCGGGCCCAUUCGGUGCGGCCCGCAGCUUCCUGCUGGCUGUGAAUGAGCGCUCGCAGCUCAACACCAACAUUCGUGUGAACCAGGUGGGUUACCCCCUGACCGGCCCCAAGCUGGGCUUCCUGGGCGCCUGGCUGGGCUGCUCCUCCGCCACCCCGCCCUACGCCCCUGUGGCACUCAAGCUGCCGGGGGGCGCCGGGGCGACCUUCAACGUGCGGGAUGCGGUCACGGGGGCGGUGGUGUUCACAGGCACCCCCCAGCUCUUCGCUCCGCCGGUUACCAUCGACAACACCAGCAGCCCUGCCAGCCCCGACCUCUACACCGGCCAGCGCGUCUGGCUGCUCGACUUCUCCGCCCUCACCGCCCCCGGCCGCUACCACAUCCACAUGGCUAGAAUAGGCGUCUCGCACGCCUUCCUGGUGGCCUCAGACGCGCUGCGGCCGGUGCUGGGAGCGCUGGCGCGGGGGGUGUACGGGCAGAGGUGCGGUACGGCACUGCAGGAGGGGUUCCUGGGGCCCUGGGCUCGCACGCGGGAGGAGGAGUGCCAUGCGGAUGAUGCGGAGGUGAUGCCGGUGCGGCCGCCGCCCAAGUGGUUUACUGACAAGAUGCCGCUGCCCAACCCCACCCCCAACAUGACCACGCUGCCGCUCAACUCCUCCACCGGCUCCUACUUCCUGCCGCAGCCGCGCGGGGGCAGCCCGCUGCAGGCGGCAGGCGGGCACCACGACGCGGGGGACUACGGCAAGUAUGUGGUCAACAG